AUCUCCUUACUGUUGACGAGGGCCCGAAAACCCACACACACCGACACUCUCUCUCUCUCUCGUUUGAUUCCAGGGCGAUCUUAAUAAUAACUACUACUGCUAUACUAGUAUCUCUCUCUCUCUCUCUCUAUCGGAAUCGGAUCUAGGGCUCCUUCCUGCUUCUCAUUCUAGUAAUUAAUUGCUAAUGCUAUGUGAGCUUUUUCAUUAUGAUAACCAUCACUGGUGGUGGUGUGUGAUUUGGGCAUUUCUCGCUCUACUUCAUUGUUCCUUUGCGAAUCAUCGUCGAGUAAUUUGGAGGGGACUCUUUGGACGGGACUUUUCAUCCAAGUUGGUAUCACGUUAUUGAAGAAGAGUGAUUUUUAGUUGUGAGCAAGGUUCAGUUUUUGGCUUGAGGUUAAGGUGACCUCUUUAGGAAGCUUUGAAGUUAUUGGGUUGACCUUACUUUUUGGUAUGUAGGCAGCGAAUAAUUGUGUUGUGAGGUGAAUAACAACUGGAAAUUGUUGUCGGUGUUAUGGAUCACAUGCCUCCAAGAGAGAAAGAUUUUGUUGUCGAUCUUGAGAGUGGUGGGACUACGUAUGCAGAAGUGGGAAGUACAGACCCUGGUUUGGGUGCCAAGGUAUCAAAGACUUUCGGGAAGAUCUGCACUGGGUUUGGGAGUGUUGUUGAUGGGUCGUUCACAAGUGAAAAGGGGAUUUCUGUGGAGAAUUUGAAAUCAUUAAUCGAUAAGAAUGUUGAGGUCGACAGGGCCAUGGAUCCUGUGGAAACUACACCAGAGAAGGAGAGACGUAAAUCAACAAGCGGUAAGAAAAAGCCUCCCAGGCCUCCUCGACCUCCCAAAUCACUGUCUUUGGAUGCUUUUGACCAGAAGCUAAUCAAGGAGAUCUCAGAAAUAGCUAGGGUCAAACGUGCAAGGAUCGAGCGAAUGAAGGGAUUGAAGAAGAUGAAAGGUGCAAAGGAAUCUACAUCGACUGGCAAUUUACUGGCCGCAAUAUUUGCCGUUCUCUUCUGUCUGGUUAUAAUCUUCCAAGGAAUGUGCCCUGGAAGAAGUUCAUCAAUUACUUUUGAGGGUUCCCCAGAGUCGGCCCGAGCAACUCCCUUUGGGUUCAUCUCUCUUCACUUCCGCAAGAAUACACCCACCGUUUCUAGUUCCCGCUCUUCCAGUUUAGUGCAGCAGGUUUCUGAUUCAGUUACCGGAGGUAAGGUGAGAAGAGCUGCAAAAUUUAAACAACAAUUACGUGGGAACUGAAUAGCCAGUGGAGAAUGGUAUUUGAAGAAUUGCCAACCUAGCCCAACCAUUAUUGAUCUGCAGUAUUUUAUGUGCCGGUUGGCUGCCUCCCAAACAUAUAUACCGCAAGGGUAAUCAAUAUUAUGAACUGAGGUAAAUUACCACAUGUGCUCUUUAGGGUAUCUUUUUGAAGGAUUCAAGUUCUUUCCUUGGUAAACUAGACUGGCCAAACUAUGUUUGGUUUCUAUUUCCAAUGAAAGUGGUGUACAGAUGUUUUCUGAGGGAUUGGUUUGAGAAAUUUGAGAGAAUAACCGGGUUCUACUUGAUUAUGUUGUAUGAUAUUUUUUAUGGUCAAAUGGAAAUUCAAUUAGCACUUUUUGUGGAGGA